UGUACAGGAAUUGCGUAUACUAGUAUAGUAUACUUUUAUUCCAAGUCAUCUAAUUAUCGACCCAAUCCCCAUGAUCAUCGCCAUUACCAGGCAAUCAACUUGACGAUACGCAUCCUUUCCACCUGGUGAACCUAUCAUCACUCUACGCAACCGUACUCAUUCUUCUUUCAACUACACAUUUCACGACACGACACGACACGACACGGCAACUAUACCUAAUGAUAUUCGACCGCUGAUCAGUUGAAACUCCCUCGGUUUACUUGACUCCGGAACCUUUCCCUCAAGCUGUGCACGUUAUGUUGAUAGGUUUUCAUCCAAAUCCAUUUUCCCCCUUCCCCUAGUUCGAAGGAGAGUUAUCAUUCUUCUACGGAGUAAUCUACAGAGUAAUCUACACAAUUACGAAUCGCUAGCCUAAAUUCAUAAGCGAAAAGUGGCGAUUGCAGCAUCCCAAAAAGUGCCUACUACUGUAAUAGGUAAUGGAAGUGUGAAGUGGAGGGCUGUGCUCGAGGGACAAACAGUAUUGAAGAAGAAGAGUGUGAAGGAAGGUUGUGGAUGUGUAAGAAAGAGUACAACUUCUUACGACUUUACAACUUUACAACUUUACAACCUCACAACUUUACAUUGGAUUUCUAUUUUACAUUUCAAUCAUUUUCUUCGACAACAAAUCCUUCCUUUUUUCCUUUCGGCAUUAUUCGACAGUCGUAUUAUUAUACCAACCAUUUCGGACGAUAUCAUAGGAUUCCUCUUCAGUUGUAGGACAGGCCGCCAUUUAUACAAAGAGAUAGGAAGAGGCAGAGAGUGUGUGAGUGAGUGUGAGUGAGAGUGAGAGUCAGUGGUUGCAAAGGUUGAAAUUGAAGGACGUCGCAUUACGCAUACGAAUACACAUACGCAUACACAUCAUAUCUUUUCUUUCGCUACCUACUCGACUUCGACUCGACAUUCAAUAUUUAAUUCUUACCUUGAACAACGUCACCACCACCAUCACCAUCACCAUCACCCAUCACCACCACCACCACCACAACCACCACCACAACAACGAAAUGGCUGAUCGAAAUGAAUCAAACACAUCAAAUUCAUCAAAUGCUGAAUACGACCAUGUAUGGGCAAAAGAUCUAAGACAACAAUUCGAAGGUCUGCUAAGGACGAAAAGAUUAAAUGAAUUGGAUAGAUCAAGAUCACGAAAUCCAUCACCAUCACCUAGAGAAAGAUCAUCUUCAUCAAAUCUCCGAGCUUCAUCUUCACAGAAUCAACAACAAUCUACCAACUUUCGAUCCACUUCUUCAUCAAAUAAUCAAUCAAAACCUCCAACUCCUCCAGCAUAUUCUUCAUUAAGAAGUUUACCAAAGAUUCCUUCUCCACCAGCAGAUGCUCAAUCACAAAAGUUUCGAAAUUUAUUAAUCUCAAUCUCACAAACACCUACGAAAUAUGAAAAUCCCGGUUUAUUGGAUGAAGCUUUACAACAUUUACCAUUGGAUAGAAUUUAUGGAGAAGCAGAAGAAGAAAGUCAAAUCUUACAAGCUGAGGCCGAAAGUAUGGGAGAUGGAAGGAAACCAGAAUGGGGUUAUCAAGAUUGUGUCAUUCGAGCUUUACUGAGGUAUGUCUUGAUUCCAAUCUCAAUUCGACAACCUUCUCUAACAUUUUACCAGAUGGUUUAAACGUUCUUUCUUCUCUUGGGUAAAUAAUCCACCAUGUCAUGCAUGCAUGUCACCUACAGUUGCGCAAGGAAUGACACCCCCAACACCCGAUGAAUUAGCUUGUGGAGCGACAAAGGUAGAAUUAUACAGAUGUUCGGCGGGAGAUUGUGGUGCAUAUGAACGAUUUCCUCGAUAUAGUGACGUUUGGCGAUUAUUACAAACAAGAAGAGGAAGAGUGGGAGAGUGGGCUAAUUGUUUCAGUAUGUUGUGUCGCGCAGUUGGAGGUCGUGUAAGAUGGGUUUGGAAUGUUGAGGAUCAUGUUUGGACUGAAGUUUAUUCGGAUACGAAAAAGAGGUGGAUUCAUGUUGAUGCAUGUGAAGAAGCUUGGGAUAAUCCAAGAUUAUAUGCAGAAGGUUGGGGCAAGAAGAUGUCUUAUUGUAUUGCUUUUUCAAUGGAAGGUGCGACGGAUGUUACUCGAAGAUAUGUACGAAAACCCGAUCAUGCUCUCCCACGAAAUCGAUGUCCGGAAGAAGUUAUGCUGUAUAUUCAAAACGAAAUUCGUGGUCUUCGAAGAUCAAAUAUGAAUAAGGAUGAAAGAUUUCGAUUGGAAAAGGAAGAUGCGAGGGAAGAUAAGGAAUUGAGGGGUUAUGUGGUAGCAUCAAUUGCGCAAUCCGUCGUAUCGAAUUUAAGACCGGAUGGAUCAUCACAUCAACAAAUGACAUCUCCACCUCCACGACAAGAAGAUCAAAAAUUACCAGCUGAACAACCUGGUAGACAAACUGGUGCACAAGAAUGGGCUAAUGCUAGAGGUGAAGCUGGAAGAAGAAAUCAACAUCCAAGAGAUCCUUCACAACAUGGACCUUGAAAUUAAGGAGAUUAAUUGAAAUUCAUUCUUUUAUUAUACAACAACAACAACAACAACAACAAUAAUAUUCGAUUCGUCGAGUGGAAUCCUUUAAUGAGGGUAAAGGUACAGAUGCCAUACAUAACAUCGAGAUGAAAAAUGAUCGAGCCUCGGAUUCAUCGAAUCAAUGUUAAUCAUACUCAUGAGAUGAACAAAGCAUUACGAAUUGACAUCGCCGUUGUGCAUGCAACCAUGCAUUAUUCGAUUCUAAUACACAUCAAAAGAUUUACCAUUUCAUUUGUUUUUUACGGUUAUUAGAGCGUCAUUUUUAUUAUGGCGAUUUACGUUAUAUAAACUAUCGUUUUAUCAUUCAGCAUGCGAGGAGUUUGGUAUCUCACACUAUAUACGUAGUAACAUAUAAUUUUAUUUGUUUAAGAAGGAUAGGAUAGGAAGGGAAGGGAUGGGAUGGGAUGGGAUGGGGAAGGGAAGAGAAAAGGAAAGAAGGAUAAAGCUGUGAGUGAAUUUGGGAUAUCACUAUUAUACAGCUGGCGUUUUUUAAGGUCGAAUAGAUGUUGAGAUUUUUGAGCUCUUGUCUAAAGGUAGUAGUAGGAUUAUUUACUUACUUUACUUAUUGGAUAUAUUCCCUUUGUUGUUUAUUGUGUAUUGUGUCUGGGUUCAUAUCGUGAUAUGAUAUCAUGGAGUGAAGGGAAGAAGGAAGGGAAGGGAUUUUGUAGAU